AGCUCACACUUCUCUGAAUGGCAUGCAAAUCAGCUUUCCUUCCUUUUCCUCGUGGUUAAUUUUGCUACUUCUCCGAAAAGUCAAUCAUCUCCUGCCACUGUUAUCAUAACUGAAUUCGGUCGAUGUUGUUGUUUUCUUUUUCUAUUUUGCUGCUAUUUUUAUGGAGGGUCACUCUCUUGGCAUGUUCGAUAAUAAACAGACAGGUGCUCGGCGCAACAUAAUAUCUGGGAGUUUGGAUUGGAAUAAGAAUAACCUUCAGAGUGAUCUGCCCCUCACCAGAAUAUCUAUCCUCUAAGAUGUCCCAGUCCACGGUAACUGAAGAAGGAGGCACCUUCGAGCACCUGUGGAGCUCCCUAGAGCCAGACAGCACCUACUUCGAGCUACCCCCGAACACCCAGCCCGGCGAGCACCCAGUGCCUUCUACCAGCACCCCGGGGAACCACUGCAACACUUCAGAGGUGUCCAUGGACGUCUACCACAUGAGAGACAUGAACGACAACGUGAUGUCCCAGUACAACUUGCUGAGCAGCAGCAUGGAGAGCCUGGGGAGCCGAGCGACGUCCGCCAGCCCCUACAGCUCCGAGAACGCCUCUUCGUCGGCCGUGCCCACCCCCUCGCCCUACUCCCAGCCCAACUCCACCUUUGAGGGCCUGUCGCCUGCCCCGGCCAUCCCUUCCAACACCGACUACCCCGGGCCCCACGCCUUCCAGGUGUCCUUCCAGCAGUCCAGCACCGCCAAGUCUGCCACAUGGACCUACUCUCCUUUGCUGAAGAAGCUCUACUGUCAGAUUGCCAAAACAUGUCCGAUCCAGAUCAAGCUGUCCUCCUCUCCGCCACACGGCAGCAUCAUCAGAGCCAUGCCCGUCUACAAGAAGGCAGAGCACGUCACGGAGGUGGUCAAACGAUGCCCCAACCACGAGCUGGGACGAGACUUCAACGAUGGCCAAGCAGCUCCGGCCAGCCAUCUGAUCCGAGUGGAGGGAAACAACCUGAGCCAGUACGUGGACGACCCCGUCACCGGUCGGCAGAGCGUCUUUGUGCCCUACGAGGCUCCACAGGUGGGGACUGAGUUUACCACUAUUCUGUACAACUUCAUGUGCAACAGCAGCUGUGUGGGCGGCAUGAACAGAAGACCCAUCCUCAUCAUCAUCACUCUGGAAACCAGGGACGGUCAAGUGUUGGGCAGAAGGUCAUUUGAAGGUCGGAUAUGUGCAUGUCCAGGCCGAGACCGCAAAGCCGAUGAGGACCACUUCAGGGAACAACAGGCCCUGAAUGAGAGCGUGGCCAAAAACGGCAGCGCCAACAAACGCAACUUUAAACAGAGUCCACCAAAUAUUCCCAGUCCAAAUAUUAACAUGAGGAAGAGGCGGCAUGGAGAAGAAGAGAUUUACUAUAUUCCUGUUCGUGGUCGGGAGAACUUUGAGCUGCUGAUGAAGAUCAAGGACAGCUUGGAGCUGGUGGAGCUGGUGCCACAGCCACUGGUGGACUCCUACAGACAACAAACACAGCAGCAGCUGCUGCAGAGACCGAGCCAUAUACCGUCCCCGUCCUCUUACUCUCCUCUGUCCAACAUGAACAAGCUGCAUCCCCAAGGAGGCCUCAACAAACCACAGUCAGUCAACCAGCUGUUGGGGCAGCAGCCCCAGCAACACCACACUGCCCCCUCCUCCAUAGGUCAUAUGGGGUCAAACAUGCUCAACAACAACCACAUGCAGGCCAACGGCGACAUGAACGGUGGCCACAGCAGUCAGAAUAUGGUGUCUGCUUCCCACUGCAGCCCGCCCCCUCCGUAUAACCCUGACCCCAGCCUCGUCAGUUUUCUCACCAGUCUGGGCUGCCAGAACUUCAUCGAGUACUUCACCUCCCAAGGCCUGCAGUCUGUGUACCAUCUCCAAACUCUCUCCAUGGAGGAUUUAGGUGCACUAAAGAUACCGGAACAAUCCCGCCUCGUCAUCUGGCGAGGUCUGCAGGACCUGAAACAAGGCGCUCCGCUCCAGCUGCCCGCCUCUGCUCAUCACCACGACUACCACGGCCAGCAGCUCCUCCGCUCCAGCAGCAACAUGGCUGCCUCUGCCAUGGCAGCCAUCGGAGCCGCAGGCGGAGAACUGCAACGCCAGCGCGUCAUGGAGGCCGUGCACUUUCGUGUCCGCCACACUAUCACUAUCCCCAACAGGUCCGGCGUCGUCGGGGCGUCAGGGAUGGCGACAGCUGCCGAUGAGUGGUCUGACUUUGGUUUCGACAUGCCUGACUGCAAAGUGUCACGUAGCAAGCACUCCAUCAAGGAGGAAUUCAUGGAAAGUGAUGUUCACUGAAACGGAUCCUGGAACUGCUGUCCUCAUAUUAAUGUCAGCAUCAGCCUAUUGCAGAGUAAAACCACGUGGACAGGGUCUUUAAAUGUGCUUUUAGGUGGUAAUGUUGUAUGUCAGUCAGUGCUUUUGCAGAGAAUCGACUUCCAUUCUGAAUAGCGGUCAUUUUCGGUGUGUUGAUACAUUUUCCUGUGCGGUCUGUAUUUUGUGCUUGAGCCAGAUUGAACAGGAGAUGACAAAAAAAUAGGACUGUGACAGUAGCGUUGUCAUGGCAAUGCUUAACACCUGUGGUCUGGAGCAUACUUUUUGGGACUCUGAUAGGUGUAGAGCAAUGUUGUUUGUGUGCACUGUGCAAUAAUACAUGACACAUUAUUCUUCUACAGCAUUCAUCUACAGAAUAAUGUAAACACCGACGUAUCAUCACCAGCAGCUUGCAGGCUUCAGCUUUGUGUUUGGAUACUUAAAAGAAGAGUUCUCAGCUGACUUAUUUAUUUUUAUUUCAGUUUUCUUAAACUUGUACAAAUGUAAAUACUGUAUCUUUUAAAUGUUUUGAAAUAGAUGUGGUUCAAAAUUAGCAAUUAGAAUCAAAAUGAUGUGUCAUCUGCUUUAACAAAAUGUAUGAAUAGUGAAUCAAACUCGGUAGGUUUGGGAACACAGUCGUGUGUAGUUUAUAAUGGCUAUGAUAGUUGUGAUGACCUUUAGUUCAGUAUGCCUUUAUCAUUUCAUUGUAAAGAAUUGUUUCAUGUGCUUUGGCAUUAAUAGUGUGAACAACAACAAGAAGUUUCAAAAAUUAGGAAUUGCUUCUACUUUUCAUGUCAUAAGAAGUAACGGUGUUUGUAAAGUAACAAACUACAAAAACAGUUGAAAAACUAAAUGUCAGAAACAGUAUUAUAUCUCCAAAGCAGAGAUUUGAUUAGAUUUGUAAAUAGUUCAUUAAAAAUGAUCCCUGUUUAUCCAAACACGAGACAAGACAGUAGUAUUUUUGUCCUCUGUGUAUUUUGAAAAACCUUGCAGGGCAGGGUCCUCAUAGCUGACUGUGUACAAAAUCUUCACAGCACCUGUUUGUAGAUAUUGAAUAGCAACAUUCCAUUUUUACGUCUAGAUUGCCAUCCAACAUGAAAAAUCAUGGCGCAAUUCCUUGUCAGGCUUGUUUGUAGUAAGUACUUGACUUUGUACCAUGAGUAAAAUUUGACCUGUUUUCUAAGACCCUCUUACCCCCCAACCAGUCAUAGAGAAAGAGCACUUUAAUGCUUUAAUAGUGAAACCAUUUAGGAUUAUCAGUAUUAUACAUUAUCACAGUGUAAAUAGAAAUUGUGUUUUAAUAUUCUGUAAGAUUUUUUUGUUAUUGGUUUUGUAAAAAUGAUUAAGAUGUGUACCUAUGUAUUGCUGUUCACCAGUGGUAUGUUAAUUAGUCCAUAAGGUUGUUAAGUUCAGUGUUUUUGUUAAAAUCAUGGAUUAAAUGGAUUAAAGUA